AUCUUUGACCGAUUCUCCACUUUUUACCUUCGACUUUAUUGUUCCCUUUGUCUUAGUUCGCACAACCGGCCCAAAAGUGGCGAUACUUGCGCGGCGACUGGCUGGCCAGCGUAUGAUGCAGGUGUUUCAUUUUAGAUUCAUCAAAAUGUCGGAUCGCCCUGUCGAUUCCCCAUUCAACGAUCCACUGAAGAAGUGCACAAGGGAUUAUCAUGUCGUUCUAAUUCCAUUUGAACUUGAGAUUGAGCAUUAGGCUUCUUAAUGUAUAUAAUAGUUCGUAAUGUGCAUUACGAACUUUCAAACUGCUGGCUGGGUUGCGAGGUAGUUGUGAUACUGAUAUCCAACUACCUACGAAGUAAUUGCUCCGCAUUCCAGCCCUACGAAUCGGACACAAGAAAUCGGUAUCCCGGACCGAACGCAUUAUACAACGCCCCGUUGUUCCCUUCACACACAAGGUGGCGAAAUUUGCCUUAAUUUUUCGACAUCGCAAAGAUCGGUGGAACUUUUGAGUUUGAAGGCUUCUUGCAAAUGAGAUGCUGUUGUGUUUUCUUUGGCUGACUCCGCAAUAAUGAGAUUUACCUCUGUUCUCAUGGUUUUGACUGGAAAGUACGCCGAGCGGUUUGCCAAAUAUGGGUCGUAUUCUCCUACCCCGUUAUCAUUAAAGAAGCUGAUCGCCUUUGGGCGAUCCGGCUCUGCCGUGAAGUCAGCCACGUUUCUUUGUGAUGAGCUUCCGGUGCGGUUGGCAAAUGUCAUGCAAGAAAUACACCUUCUCCCUGAGCAGCUAGUUAGCACUCCAUCUGCCUCCAUCGUUAAACAAUGGUACGAGCAGAGCUUCUGUGACCUCGUUGAAUUCGAGGGCACGAACUGGACUGAGGGUCGCCUCGAUUCCUUCAAUCGUCGAUUGGCUGAAAUCAGAAACAGGCAUAAUAAUACUGUUGAAACUAUGGCCCAAGGUGUGAUGGAAAUGAAGGACCGUCAUAAGACCGAUGUUAUUACGGACAACCAGCUGCAAUAUUUUCUCGACAGGUUCUAUAUGAUGCGCAUAAGUUUGCGAAUGCUCAUAAACCAACACCUUCUCAUGUUUGGCUCGGAAUUGAAUAAGCACCGUCGCUUUGUUGGCUCCAUCGAUCCGGAUUGCAAUGUCUUGGAAAUAUUAGAGGACGCAUACGAAGACGCAAAAUAUCUAUGCGAACACUACUACCUCUCCGCUCCGGAAAUAAAUGUGCAGACUUGUGGAGCUUCAGAUGGUAAAAUCGAAUUCGCCUACGUCCCUUCCCAUCUGUACCAUAUCUUGUUUGAAUUACUGAAGAAUGCCAUGCGUGCUGUGGCGGAGACACACAACCAGUCAGCUUCACUCCCUCCAGUCGACGUACUGAUUGCAGCCGGUAAAGAGAACGUCACUAUUAAGAUUAGCGAUUUGGGUGGAGGCGUUCCACGUUCGGUGAUGGAGUAUAUAUUCAACUACACAUAUACAACGGCGAAGGGCCGGUCGAAGCUACGUGACAAUAAUCCUGCGUCUUCCGAGCAAGGGACCAAUGCCCCGUUGGCAGGCUAUGGUUAUGGGCUCCCUUUAAGCCGCCUGUAUGCCAGAUACUUCAACGGUGACCUUAUAUUAGCCAGUGUCGAGGGAUACGGCACAGAUGCCAUUGUAUACCUUAAGCGUAAUGCAGCGGAGGCGGAUGAACUGUUGCCUAUAUUCAACCGUACAUCAGCACGGCAGUAUGGUCCAGUUGGUGUUCCCAUUGCUGAUUGGUCAACUUCUCAGUACAGCACGGGUUGGAAACGGCGUUGAUCCACAUCACACGCGUACUGUUCAGCCGAAAAGCCCAGCUUUGCAUUCAAUUCUUGUCUGCGAAAUGCCUAUUUACUAGUUGAUCCUGGUGUUUAAUUUCCAUCCCUCUUUAUUCACUUCUCACUGGAAACUUUCCCCCCUCUCCCAUUUUUCCUACUUGCCCCCUCCCCGUUCUUCCACUAUAUUUUGGCUCUAUUACCAAAGUAUGAUGCUCAUUUCUACUUUUCAUGUCGAGAAAUUUCAUAUCGUUAGUUUCUUUUGUCAUUGGAUGAUUACCGGUGCACUCAUCUCGGUCCAAGUGAGGUAAUUGCCUAGUCACUAGGGUAAACAUAUAUCUACCCCUUUUGAUUCAUUAGGUUUCUGUAUGUGCCCUGACAUCACAUGACAUCCAGCUGGUUACCACCUAAAUUAACCCACAGCUUUUUUGUCUCAGCCGUUCUUCUUCUCUGUCGUGUCUAAAACCAUAAACCGAGCACCGACAUGCGAUACAUCCAGUUUCCCGGUUCACAUCGCCAUUAUGGUAAGGGUUGCCGGUGGUGCAAUGCAUUGAAAUUAUUCAGCUCAGCUGCCGGCAAAGUCUGUCUAAUCUGAAAAUCCUUCGACGAACAUCCUCAUUACUAAUGU